AUGGUAUCUCUACCAACUGAAUUAGUACAUGCUGAUGAUAAGGAUAAUAGAGUCACUGAUAUUGUCUCACCAAUUAACGUGGCUACUACCUUCAGAUAUGACAAUGAUGACUUGAUCCCAUGGUCUGAGCGUGAAGACUACAGUUUCAUGGAAAAGAAGCCAAUAUAUUCACGUUUAGCUCAUCCAAACUCUACUAGGGUGGAAUCGAUUCUUUCGAAGAUUUUAGACGGUGAAGCUGUAGUGUACUCAUCAGGCUUGGCCGCUUACUUCGCUAUGUUAACACACUAUAAUCCUAAGAGAUUGUUUAUUGGUCAAUCCUACCAUGGAUGUCACAGUAUUGCCAAUAUUUACACAAGAAAUUGGAAGCUAGAGCAACAUAGACUAGAUGUCAAUGAGAUCUUACAACAUGCAGACAAGGGUGAUAUCGUACAUAUUGAAUCUCCUGUUAACCCAUAUGGUACUUCUUUUGAUAUUCAAGCGUUUGCUGAUGCUGCUCAUACUAAGGGGGCAUUGCUCGUUAUUGAUUCAACCUUCGCACCACCUCCUUUGCAGUAUGCAUGGGACUUUGGUGCAGAUGUUAUAGUUCAUUCUGCUACAAAGUAUCUUGGUGGUCACUCAGACUUGUUGGCAGGCGCUCUUGUUGUUAAGGAUAAAGAAGUUGCCGCUCAAUUGAGGACAGAUAGGAUAUAUCUCGGUACUAAUAUUGCAAACCUAGAAGCUUUUUUACUAUUGAGAUCUCUUAGAACUUUUGAAAUGAGAAUCAAAACUCAAUCUGAGAACGCUACGAAAUUGGUCAGCUACUUAUCGGAACACAAAGCUGAGUUCCCAGACGUCAUAGAUAAGAUUUUCCACUCUUCACUACAGACCGAAUCGUUCGUCAAGAGGCAAUUGAAGGGUGGGUAUGGACCGGUAUUUUCUAUAACCUUAAAAACAAAAGAGCAAUGCAAAAAGUUUCCUCAACUGUUAGAGUAUUUCCAACACGCUACUUCUCUUGGUGGUGUUGAAUCUUUGGUUGAGUGGAGAGCUUUGACUGAUCCAAAUAUCGAACAAACAUUGAUCAGAGUUUCAGUUGGUGUCGAAAGUGCAGAAGAUCUAAUUAAUGAUUUCACAUCGGGUCUUAAGAAACUACAGGAUGAACACAAAAAUUAA